CGCUCUCUCCCGCCGUCACCAGGCAGCAGCAGCAAGAGGCCAGUCACACAGAGCGAGUCCAGACCAGACGGAGAGUGGACGUGCUUCUCCUACAGACACACACAGAGAGAGAGAGAUCACACCAUCUACUACUACACAGCCGAGCCGAGCCUGUUAGCCGCGUUGCGUCUUCUGCUUUAACCCGAACCAACCAACCAACUCUGAAUUCACAUUAAAUAUGUCUAAUAUCGUUUGCUGUCAAACGCCUCAGGUUAUAAUGUAUGACCAACACAGAAUAAGUACAACUCUAUAGCCAACGGGAUCCCGAGGACUUGAUUACAGUCGCUUCAAGCCUGAUAGUUUGUCCGUGCGGCUGCUCCCCCUCUCCCUUCUGCUCACGCCCGUCUAGUCAACUGGCAUUUCUUCUAACAACUUCCCAUCCCUCUCCUCGGGUGAAGAAGACUUGAGUUCCACUGUGAUCUCAGUCUGCUUUGCCUACUGCCUACCUUCGGUUCUACUCUCAGCAGUGGUGCUUCCCUGGAUUUGCAUUAUUCUCUAUUAGGCAUACUAUCAAAAUUCACCAAGAUGAUUCCAAACGGUUAUUUGAUCUUUGAGGAUGAGAGUUUUCUGGAUUCCACCGUGGCCAAAAUGAACGCUCUGAGAAAGAGUGGUCAGUUCUGCGAUGUUAGACUUCAGGUGUGUGGUCACGAGCUGAUGGCUCACCGUGCUGUGCUGGCUUGCUGCAGUCCCUACCUGUUUGAGAUCUUUAACAGUGACAUCGAGCCUCACGGAGUCUCACAUGUCACUUUUGAGGACUUGGACCCAGAGGCUGUGGAGAUCUUGCUCAACUACGCCUACACUGCCCAGCUAAAGGCAGACAAGGAACUGGUCAAGGAAGUUUACUCCGCAGCCAAAAGGUUUAAGAUGGAGCGAGUCAAACAGAUUUGUGGUGACUAUCUGCUGUCUAAAAUGGAUUCCCAGAGCGCCAUCUCUUUCCGUAACUUUGCCAGCUCUAUGGGAGAUGCCAGAGUUUUGGCCAAGGUGGACGCCUUCAUCCAGGACCAUCUGCUGGAAGUGUCCGAACAGGAGGACUUCCUCAAACUUCCCCGCCUCAAGUUAGAAGUAAUGCUAGAAGACAACCUGUCCCUGCCCAGCAAUGGCAAGCUCUACUCCAAGGUGCUCAACUGGGUGCAGCGUAGCCUCUGGGAGAAUGGAGACCAACUGGAACGACUGAUGGAGGAGGUGCAAACGCUGUACUACUCUCCUGACCAUAAGCUGGUGGAUGGAGGGCUGGUGAUUGAUGGGCACAGUGAGGUGUUUGGUGGCGAGGAGGACCACCUUCAGUUUGUGCAGAAGAAACCCGUGCGGGAGAGCACCCAGAGACAGAUGAGCUGCAGCUCCUCAGGAAGCCUGUCGCCCUCCAACCAAGCAGCAAAUGCCCCGAAACCGCCCGGCAGAAGAGAGUGGAAGUACAUCGCCUCUGAGAAGACCAAAAACAACACCUACCUGUGUCUGGCUGUGCUGGACGGUGUGUUGUGUGUGAUCUUCUUGCACGGUCGCAGCAGCCCCCAGACAUCUCCCUCUUCCACCCCCUGCCUGAUGAAGAGCCUCAGCUUCGAGGCCCAGCCCGAGGAGCUGGAAGAGCAGCCGCUCUCACCCAUGCAUUACGCUCGCUCUGGCCUGGGCACCGCAGCCCUGAACGGAAGACUCAUUGCAGCAGGAGGUUACAACAGAGAAGAGUGUCUGAGGACUGUUGAGUGUUACGACCCCAAAGAGGACCGCUGGACCUUCAUCGCUCCCAUGCGGACUCCAAGGGCUCGAUUCCAGAUGGCUGUGCUCAUGGGUCAGCUGUACGUGAUUGGAGGAUCAAAUGGACAUUCUGACGAGCUGAGCUGCGGGGAGACGUACGAUCCACAUGCUGACGAAUGGGUUCAAGUGCCAGAGCUGAGGACAAACCGCUGCAAUGCAGGUGUUUGCUCAUUGAACAACAAACUCUACGUUGUGGGAGGGUCGGACCCCUGCGGGCAGAAGGGCCUGAAGAACUGUGAUGCUUUUGACCCUGUGAUCAAAACCUGGUCCAACUGUGCCUCCCUUAACAUCAGGAGGCACCAGGCAGCAGUGUGUGAGUUGGAUGGCUUCAUGUACGUGAUUGGAGGGGCGGAGUCGUGGAACUGCCUGAACACUGUGGAACGCUACAACCCCGAUAACAACACCUGGACCCUGAUAGCCCCCAUGAACGUGGCUCGCAGGGGCGCCGCCGUUGCUGUCCACGCAGGCAAACUGUUUGUCGUCGGCGGCUUCGACGGCUCCCACGCGCUCCGCUGUGUGGAGGUGUACGACCCCGCCCGCAACGAGUGGAGAAUGCUCGGCAGCAUGACAUCUUCCCGCAGCAAUGCGGGCGUGGCCAUGCUGGGAGAAAGCAUCUACGCUGUGGGCGGCUUCGACGGGAACGAGUUCCUCAACACGAUGGAGGUGUACAGCCCCGAGACGGACGAGUGGAACGACUGCACCAAGACCCUGUCUCCUCUCUCUGAAGACUGAAGAGGGAGCAGACAGGGCGGAGGGAGGAAGAGGAAGAGGGUCGGGGGAGUUUCACAGUGCUUCACCGUUUUCCAAACUAACAGGCUUAGUGACGUAAUCGUGUUUCGUGAUGUUCUGUGUGUGUGUAUGAGCGGAUAUGUGUGGGUGGGGACGGGGGUCGUCGGGAUGAGGGGUCUUCAGUGAAGACUGGCUUAUAUUUGGCGGGAGGGGAGGAGGGAUGGGGGUGGGGGGGUUGUUGCCCAAAGCAACAUGACGCCUUUGCAUAUUGCAUACAAUGUUUUUCGUGCUGUAUAUAUUUUGUUUCUUCCUCAUUUUGUCAUAUGCCAACAUUUAAUACACAUUUAGUGCUUUUCUUUUUCUCUUAGAGUUGAAAUGUUUGUCACUUCGAGGGUUUUCAGACGAGCUAACAGUUAUUGGCAGUAUGGAGUGGUGACAAUUGAGUUUUGAAAGUUUUAUUUAAGAAUAUUUCUGUUGUGGAAAUGUAAUUUUUGCUCACAUAUUUAAAGGUCAGUGGUUUGAAGCCUUACUCAGAGUGUGAGUUCAGAAACACCUCAUGGCUUUUUGUGUCAUUUUAAACAAGCUGGUUUGCUUUUUGAAUCUUAAACGAUGGCCUUUUUUAUAUUUUUUAUACACUGCUGAUUUACUGAUAAAAUAAAAUUAGUAGCAGACAGCUUAAAGUCAAUGAAUCUAACCAGUGCCAGUUUUAGUAUUUCAUUUUUGUUUUUGUGCACACACCACACACGCACAACCAUGCUUCUGCUAACCAAACUUUUGUUAUUGUGGUUUAACUAAUUGAUGUAUGUAGAGAUGCAGUUUACUGAAGAUCCUUUUUUUUUUUUUUGUGUGUUUUAAAGUGUCAGGCAUUGGCAGAUUCAUCUGGAAGGAAUGUUAGAAGGAUAAAAUUAUCACAUUUGUAACAUUUCUUAAUUAAUAAAUCAUUUAAAUCUGA